CAUUCAGAUGUAUCUUUCCACACUAACUAUACAUGGUUCCGUGUCUGUCUUUCUAAACUCCAUUUUACCCAUCGCCACUCUUCCAUUCCUCCAUUUAAGCACUUCACGAGGAUCUCUUAAUCCUCACACAGAAGAAAGAUUGAGAGUGAGAUACAGUCUGUGCAAUGGAAGUGCAAAGUGAGAAGAGAAGACCUCAUGUGGCCAUUUUCCCAUGCGUAGGAGUCGGCCAUUUCGUCCCUACAGCGCAAUUCGCAAAACGGCUUUGUGCUAACCACGGCUUUUCUGCAACCGUAAUAACGAGCAAGUGGAUGCAGCCAGCCAAGCAAGUUACAUACGCCCAUCACUUGGCAUCUUCCGGCAUUGACAUCCGCUUUACAGAGCUUCCUGAUGUCGACUUCCAUGACGAGGAGGACCAGCAAAUGAAGCUCGAAACUCGCAUGUCAAAGUACAUGGAGAAAGCAGCACCGCACGUUGGGGAAAUUCUGCACUCUUUGCUCAACUCCUCUUCGCCCAUCUCUGCUUUUAUUACAGAUUUCUUCUGCACCGCCACUUUUGAUGUUGCAGCCAAGCUGGGCAUACCCACUUACGUAUUCUUCACGUCGGGUGCGCGUUUGCUUUCUCUUUUCUUACGCUUUCCCAGAUUUGCUUUAGAGCACGCCGUGUCGUUCAAAGACGAGGAAGAGUAUCCGAUCGACGUACCAGGGGUUCCGCUAUUUUCAGCGAGGGAUCUGCCUACGCCAGCGAUGGACAGAUCCAAUGAGGGGUUUCACUGGUUUGUCCACCAUUGCUCUCGCCUUCCAGAAGCUGCUGGGAUUCUGAUAAAUACUUUUGAGGACCUGGAAAAGGAAGCUUUAGAAGCCCUCGAAGGAGGUAAGGUUCUCAGCUCUUCUGCAAUGCCAUCAAUAUAUUCAAUUGGUCCUGUCAUAUCGGAGCGUCACGAGACACACGAGUGCCUCGAGUGGUUAGAUCAACAACCUCCCUCCAGCGUUGUGUAUGUUUCCUUUGGGAGUGGGGGUUUUCUGUCGAGGGAGCAGAAUGCAGAAGUAGCGCAUGGACUGGAAAGAAGCGGUCAUCGGUUUCUGUGGGUGGUGCGCGGAGAGAAUAAGUUCAUAACCUUCAAUCCCAACCAGGUUACGGACGUUUCAGAGCUUUUACCCGAGGGUUUCGUGAGUCGAACCAAAGACAGAGGAGUUGUGGUUCCCAAUUGGGCUCCUCAAAUUGCGAUUCUCUCUCACCCGUCCAUUGGAGGCUUCCUUUCUCACUCCGGUUGGAACUCCACACUAGAAGGCAUUUCGUAUGGGGUUCCCAUGAUCUGCUGGCCUCUGUUUGCUGAACAGAGGUUUAACAUGUUUAUGCUGGUUAACCACGACAAGGUAGGCAUAGAUGUGAAGAUGGAGAGAGAUGGGUUUGUACCGAGAGCGGAAGUGGAGAGAGUAGUGAGGGCACUGAUGGAAGGAGAGGAGGGAAUUAAAGCAAGGGAGAAUAUGCGUGUAUUGAAGGAAAAGGCAAAGCUUGCGUUGAUGGAAGGAGGGAGUUCGUACAAGUCCAUGGCCAUGGCCGCUGCUCGUUUAGUGCAGGAGUAGUAAGAGUUUAAAUGACAUUCGACUGUCUCGAGUGUAUGGUUAGUAAGCUGUAUUGUUAUCUGUAUGAUGUAUAUGUUUAUGGUGUCUAUUUUACGAUAUCCGUAGAAAGUUUAUUUA